GUGGGGGGUGGGAAGCAUCGAUUAUAGCGGUGACAGGUCAGAGCAGAGGCCGAUUGGAUCUGUUUUCUUGCUCUGGAGACUGCGAUGUGUAAUUAGCGGCCAGAAGGCAUGUAAUUGAGGAGUCACGUGUGUGCCAGGACCGGGAAGGGGAAGGGGAAGAGGGGGGGUGGAAACUGACGAGGCAGGCAGGCGGACCACGCUAGACCAUGCGAGCUCUGGCGACUGCUACAUUUCUAAUCCCCGAAUCGCACGACGCUAGAUUGAUGCUGCCUAUUAGCCCUUCCGUGGAAAAAGUUCUCACCGGCCGGGCUUGGACUCAGGGUCCUUUGUGACAAUAUGGCCGCAGGAGGGACGGGUAAAGGAGAUGGCGACGGAAAAGGACGUUUGAGUGAAAAGGACGAGUGUCAGAUUCAGCAUGGAAGCGGCCACUGCAAGUGGUUCAACGUUAGAAUGGGAUUCGGAUUUAUCUCCAUGGUAUCCCGCGAUGGGAACCCCUUGGACACACCAGUCGAUGUUUUUGUACACCAAAGCAAACUUUACAUGGAGGGAUUCAGGAGUUUGAAAGAAGGAGAGCCUGUGGAAUUCACCUUCAAAAAAUCGUGCAAGGGGCUGGAAUCAUUACGGGUCACGGGCCCCGGAGGAUCACCGUGCUCGGGCAGCGAGAGGCGGCCGAAAGGGAAGACAGUGCAAAAGCGAAAGCCAAAGGGAGACCGGUGUUACAACUGCGGAGGCCUCGACCACCACGCGAAGGAAUGUAGUCUACCUCCUCAGCCAAAGAAGUGCCAUUACUGCCAGAGCAUCACGCACAUGGUGGCCAACUGUCCCCUCAAAACUCUCCCCCCCCAGCCCCUCGCCCCUCCUCAGGGAAAGCACGAAGCCGAUCCUCAGCCUUCCACCUCCACCCCCUCCUCCCACCAAGCCGCCCUCCCCAGGGGGGAAGCAGCGGGGGCACAAGGCCCCCCGGCCCCGUCUCGCCCGCAGGAGGAGAAGGCCGAGUCGGAAAACUCCACCAAGUCAUCCCACGAGGCCGCCGCUUGUCCCGAAGAACCCACCAGGAAAGGGUCCGCUGUUCAGAAACGGAAAAAAACAGAGAGCAAGUGACCUCCUUUGAAUUUUUUUGUCAAACACACGCACACACACUCACACACACACACACACACACACACACACACACACACAUAUAUAUAUAUAUAUAUUAUGAGAGAAAAGAACAAAUAGGAUCUCAAACUACCUCAAAACUUGCAAAAGUGAAGGGGAAGUAAAAUCACACGCGCUGCCAGUCCUUUCAUUGGGGGAUGAAUGAGCUGAGUCUUAAUUCAACCCGUGAGAGGUGUUGCCGUUUGGAUUAAAUUCACGCACGUCCAAUGUGCUCUAUUUUUUACCUAAAUAUGCAGGAUAGAGGCCUCUCCCUCCGUACCACGCACCCGGCCUAGCGCGGCCUUCGGGUGCUCCGGCGGUGUGCGUUCUUUUUGGCUUUUCUAAUAUCUUUGAUACCGUGCGUACUCUUCGCCCAACUCUCGCCCCCAACUCCGGACUUCGACCCAAGCAAUACGAAUAACACUACGACCAGACCCGGUUGCACAGCUAGCUCCACCCACGAGCCGGAUCGAUCGAUCGAUCGAUCGACGAUGCCCUUAACACACGUUGAAUACCAAAGGAAAUCGAGACAUCGAUGCUGCCAGAGUUAGGGCAUCGAGUCAAUCACCAAGUGUCUGGCUGGAUGUCUGCUGAUUUUAUGUGACAAUAAAUAAUACACGGCUGUG